UUAAUUUUGUUUUUUGUGGAUGACAAAUUUAAUCAUUUGUAUUGCAGUGUUUUUUAUAAUGACAAGUUAUUGUGUGAAGUAUAGAGUGAGGUUUUACAUAUUUAAGUUUUAUAGCAAUAAAAAGGAUUAUCAAUAGCCUGUAUUAAGAAAAUAUAUAUGAUCUACUUUAUGGGAAUAUAUUUGCGUAUUAAACUUUAAAUUUUGUGAAUCAUUCAAGAGAAACAAUUGUCUAGUAAGACAAUCUUAAAUAAUAGCAUGUUUAGUAUCAGUGAACUUUGCUGUAUGUUCUGUUGUCCGCCUUGUCCCGGACCAAUUGCAGCUAAGCUUGCUUUCCAACCACCCGAGCCUACUUAUAAGUUGACGCCCGCUGAUGAUGCCAAUGUUAAGUAUAAUUUACAUUUAUUUGAUCGUGCAGAGUGGCAGUACUCUGAACGUGAUAAGUCCAAAGUAGAAUCAUUUUUCACGCGGACGUCUCGAGGGAAUUUAAUUACAUGUAUAUAUGUACGUUGUAGCAGAAACGCAAAAUAUACGCUACUUUUUUCUCAUGGGAAUGCCGUUGACUUGGGUCAAAUGAGUAGCUUUUAUAUAUCUCUUGGAACGCAACUAAACUGUAAUAUAUUUGGCUACGAUUACUCUGGAUACGGAAUGAGUGGUGGUAAACCAUCAGAAAAAAAUUUAUAUGCUGAUAUUGAAGCCGCUUGGCAAGCACUGAGAAACAGGUUUAAUAUCAGUCCCGAAACUAUUAUUUUAUACGGCCAGAGUAUUGGUACAGUACCAACAGUUGAUUUGGCAACAAAGCAUGAAGUUGGGGCAGUAAUUCUUCAUUCUCCACUGAUGUCCGGACUAAGAGUGGUUUUCCGUAACACCAAAAGAACAUGGUUUUUCGACGCAUUUCCAAGUAUUGAUAAAGUUUCAAAAGUCAAAUCACCAGUUUUAGUAAUACAUGGAACUGACGAUGAGGUUAUAGAUUUUUCCCAUGGGAUAGGUAUUUAUGAACGCUGUCCCAAAGCCGUUGAACCUUUAUGGGUUGAGGGUGCUGGCCAUAAUGACGUGGAAUUGCAUUCGCAAUACUUUGAGCGGCUUAAAAGAUUUUUAACUAUUGAAUUGGUGAAAUGACAAUUAAAGAAUCAGCAUGACGUGGGACACAAUAAUUCUGUACCAGUAGUAUCAUCUAACGAAUUACCGCCGACGUCAUCGUUAGUGAAUAAAAAAAACCUAGAAGAUCCUAACAUUUCCAAUUCUUCAGGCCUAAGCUGCCAAGAAAACAAUUUAAAAGACGACAUUGAAGCUUCCACGUCAAGUUCCAUAUCAACCAAACCUUCAAUUGAAAAAUUUCUUUAGCGAAAAAACAUGGGUUCUUAUCUUUCUCAAAUUAAAUGCUCGAACAUUUUCCAUGGAUUUCCAUAGUUGUUUAUAAGAGAAAGCCGGGGACCUAAUCUAAAUUAAUCAAAUGCCGUCUUCCCCCUUGUAUGCAUAUUUUUAUGAAACACAAGGAAACCACUAAUGAUAAAAUAUUGGUAGGCAGUGAUUCUAACAGCGUUUUGAAUACAGAAUUUUUCGCACAUCUGUAUCUUUAGAAAAUUGAUACUAAAAGUUCAUAGUAAACAUAAAGCGUUUUCAUCUAUUAAGAACUUUGAGGGCAAUACAAUGCCUGAUCUCUUUACCUUAAAAAUACAAAUUAAUCAAUAAAACUAAAGGCUAACACUGCCCAGCCAGUUUGAAAGGCAAGUAAUAUUGAAUCUUUAGAUUACGAAGUAAUGUAAUAUGUAUUUUAUUUUAUAUAAAUCUUACAGAAAGUUAGAGAAGUACUUAAGGAUAAGUCGAAACUUCUUUAUUCCAAAAUGCACAUAAUUUUGUCCACUAAUUUACAUUUCCAGUAGAAGUGUUAUGUGUAAUACUAUUUUUUUUAAUUAAAUUAUUGAUACCACUAAUAGCGUUAGGCUUACGUUGUUUAAAUAAAAAGCACACCUACGUUAUUAUUAACAGGAAAAAUAAUGGGGAAGAUACUAUUAAAAGUUAUUACUUUUAACACUGAAGGGUACUGAUAUCUCUUAAUAACUUAUUGUGAUCAAAAUUGUUUUGGUUGAAAGGAACUCAAGCUAUUGCAUACUUUCUAAUGUUAUUUUUGUAGUAAGAGUUAGAAAGUUGUAGCCCGAAUAAUGAAUACCGAUAUUUUCAUUAGGAUAUAUAAAACAAUUUUUUACUUGUCAAUUCAUUAAUUUCUGAUAACUACAAUAUACAGGUUCUAAUUGGCGAGAUAUCAGUUGCAGUAUUUAGUAUUUAAUUGAAUCGUUUUAAGAAAUUUUCAUGUAAUUAAUGUUAAAUCAGUGUACAAAGUCGCUUUUCGCUUUUUUAUAUUAUUAUUUUUAUAUCAUAAAUUAGAAUAAGAUAUACUAUCUUAUUAAAUCGUUUAGUUUUUUCUCAGGGGAGCGCUUCACACAGAAAUUUAUAUUGACUAAGGUUUUUAGGUGGAAAUACAAAAUGUACAAACAUUUCAAAUACUUUUUACCAUCUGUUGAUUAAGCUAUUACGGUCUGGUUGAAAACUUUAAGGUGUUCAAUAAAAUUCUUUUUGUGAGGAUAUUAACAGCCUUAGCUAUCUUAACUUCACUCAAUAACGUUCUAUCAUAGAAGACAAUUGAUUAGCUCUAAUUGCUGCAGUCAAAAGUUUCAUAUGUAGGCACAGAAAGUGUUGAAAGAUUAGUUUAUUUUUAAUUUCCUCAUUCGAGGCAUGUCGGUGGGUAUGUAUACAAGCACAUGUACAUAUAUAUGCCAAAUAUAUAAUAUGUAUUAAUAUUCAUAUAUCCUCGUUUUUUUAAAUUCAAAUGUACAUAAUUUCAUAAUACGUAAGCAAAUUAAUACAUAAGUGAAUAUAUAAAAAUGACAUCAAUGUAUAAAUUAAUGGUUGUAUUAUAUAUUUAUAUAUAAUAUAAAUAUAACAUAAGUGUAUAAAUAAUUAUUUAUAUGUAAAUAAAUAAUUAUAUUAUAUAUUUAUAUAUUGAAGUUAUAAAAUUUAAAUUAUGUAUUCUCAAGUAAAACAAAUUUUACUUUAUUUUUUUUUAAGAUAUAUAUUCGUAAACAAAAGAAUUUAAAAAAUAAAAACAAAUUUAAAUUUUGCUUUAAGAAUUGUUUAUUUUUUUUUACUUUUACAUUUAAGCUUCAUAUCUCUUCUUAAUCUUUACCUCUAUUCCAUAAUAGCGGCAAAUAAAAAUAUUUAAUUACCACUCUGCGGUCAAGAAAUAAUAUAAUAAUAAAAUGUUUUCUUAAAAUUUUUAUUGUUUUAUUUCCUUAUCAUUUAUUUAUCAAAAAAUAUUCGAAACGCCGUUUUCUAACGUCAUUCCCGGUGCGUCCGUGCACAACUACCUACGACACAAUGCACAACACUGACUUACAACACCCACCACAACAUAUACAUGAUGAUCAUACAUGGCAACACUCAAUAUCUGAGCACACUGUACUUUUAUACCACUAGGGUAUCUUUUUUCGGUCGAUCUCCGCUCUAUUGUUAAAAGUUUAUACUUGAUACUCAGUUUACUAUUCUGUUUUAAAUUUAAGGAAAUGCUAGGCUCGAGUGUAGACAAACAUUUUAUAUUUUUGCAAUUUCCAAAAAUCAAAUUCGAUGUUGCAACUAUUAAGUAGUGUACCAUAUAUGGUACAAAUACCGUAUGUGUGUCACCAAAUACUAGCAAAAUAACAUAUGAGCAAUGUUUGCUGGUAACAAUACUAUGAUAUAUCAUUGUGGUGUUUGUAUAAACACAGCUAAAAAACAGGUAACAAACUUAGCUAAAAGCUUUUACACAAAAGCUCUAUGAAAUAUUCCGUAAAACUACUUAAAAAAUUAAUAAAUGAAAUGGAAAACAAAACAUUUUUACAAUUUUUUUCCGGAAAAGCAAGCCUUAUUUUAUGUCAGGUUGUAGGGAGCCUUUCAAAUCGUUUUUUUGCGAUGAAAAUUUAAUGUAUUUAGAUUAGAUUAUUUUUAAUACUUAUUUUCUCUAUAACACACAAUUACAUAUUUAUUGUUUAAAAUUUUUUUAAAUAUUUAAUGCCUGAAACAAAGCUAGUAUUUGAGAUUACUACAUUGUCAUGUGUCAGCAACAUAGUAAAUAGAAUACCAUGAUACUUUUACUCUGGUAUUGUUACUACAUGUCUUACACAGGUAUAAGACAUAAACAUGCAUUAUUUGAGGAAACCGAAUUAAUUACAACCAAAUUUUUUAUUUUAACUAAUGAUGUACAUUUGUGAUAUAAAAUCAACCAAAUUGCUAAAUUUAAGAUAUGGGUAUAUGAGAAUAACAUCAACCAGAGAUCGUGAAUCAGUAGGUAUAUAGACCAAGAUUGAUUUAAUUUUUUUUUAAGAAAAAUGUUCCACUUAAUUUCAAUAAAAUAUCACAAAUAACAUAUUCAGCGUUAUUAGCGCCUUAAAGUAAAUAUUGGUGGAAAUAACUACAUAUAUCGCGUAUAUCGGGGCUGGGGGAAGAUUCGAAGUGACAACAUACAUUAACGCUUGGCAUUACUCAAGUAUACUCAAGAACUCUCUAUUACACAAUUUAAUGAAGGUAGUUCACACUCUGACCGAGACAUUGGGCAUAAAGUCUGCUAGCGAACGAAAACCUAUAUUUACAUACAUACAUAUGUAUAUGCAGUACAUUGGAGCUGAGGUAAUUCGUGGAUUUUUCACAUUUUCCGCCUUAAACUGUAGUAUAUCCAAUAUUAGACGUUCACUGAAUUUGCCAAGUUGUCUUACAUAUGGAUCGAUAUAUGUAGAUCGACCACAUAUACCGUGGCUAGGGGAUAUACAAUAUUAACCCGACAUUAUCGAGUUUUUGUAUUACGGCAUAUCAGCUAGCAUCCAAAAAGUCGAUUGUAAUGCAUACAAACAAUGUAUAAUGUUCUGUAAUGGGCCCGGAAUAUUUGUUACAUUGCAUCAUGUUUUCUAACACAUUACCCUGGUAGUCGAUGCCCAGUGAUAGAGUUCGCGGAUCACAAAUAAAGUUGAUGCUUUUUGACAUUUAAAUAUACAACGAUGACGUCAGUUUAAUAAGCUUUCUUAUUGAUUACUAAAUUUUGCAUUAAAUUCAGAGGCUUUGGCAAAAAAUAUACUUACUUUUGUAUGCAGUUUCCACUUUUUACAUUUUUUCCUGAAUUUCGGGGUCUUGUUGUUCUUGUUUUAACGGUUUCUCAAUCCCCGUUCGAAUGGUAAGGGUUAUCUGUGUUGUCGUCAACGUCAUCUAGCGGCAGGCUCAGGAAACGUGCUGUUUCGGCGGGGUCGGACCAAAGGGAAAAGGGUGUUAGAUGAGUAGGGUACGUCGGGGUCUAUUCUGGAUAAGUAGGAGUUUAACCUGCUACAAUAUCCAGAACGAAGCUGCGCUAGGGUCACUCGCGUUUCUCGCGGCAACUCUAGCUCUUCGUCUGCGAUGGGUUGUGGUUUGACUCCAAACCGCCAUUCACGGGAAGGGAGGCGGUAAAGGUGUUGAUGGCUCCACUGUGAAUGUCGGUCAGUACCUGUCGGAAGUCAGUUGCGUCCGAAGUCCGGUCGGCGUACUGUACGAUGUCGUCGACGUAGUCAAGAAAAGACCUCUUGAUGCUUCCAGGAAGCGGUUCCGCUCCAAGCAGGUGACUGCAAGGGUGAUUUUACGAAAACAUCCCAGCAGGAACUGCUUGGAGAGGAGUUCAUUAUGCUUCUUAACUAGGAGCAUAAGCGUCUCACUAUGUUGGUGUUCUAUGGGAGAUAUCAAAAGGCAUUCCGUCGUGGUCCGGAGUGCAGUAUUUUGACAGGUCUGGUGUUUCCUUAUCUGCGUACCACUGCAUCUAGGCGACCAUAUUGGUACUGCGUAAUUGAGGGCCGGCCGAUUGCCUUGUAUGUUGCCAACAGCGUUUCUUUGUCUUUACCCCAUGUGCUGUCGGCUAGUGACUUGAAGAUUUUGUUGCGGGUCUGUACCUUGGCGAUAAUCGCGGUCGUAUGAGGAGUGAAGGAGCAUAGACUAUCAAAAGUUACACCUAAAGUCUUAUGGUUAUUGACAGUCGGAGUUUUGACGCCAUCGACUGCAAUAAUAAGUUCAAGUCUAUACUCCUUCGUCCCGUUCGUAAAAAUGGUCGAUGUGGAUUUGGUGGGGGAAAGUGUUAGGUUCCGUGCAGUGAGGAAACGAGAAAGGUCGGAGAGGUAGUUGUUUACUUUCCAACAUAUGCCAUCCCCUGGUGGCUGUGGGAGUUUCGAGAUGUAGAAGUUCAACAGUAACGGGGAGAGGACACCACCCUGCGGAACCCCCCGUUUAAUUCUUCUCAGUCUAGAUGUUUCACCUCGAAAUAGUACGAAUGAUUGACGACCGCUCAGGUAGUUCAUGGUCCACCUCUUCAGUCCUGGAGGAAGCGUAGUAUUCUCAAUGUCCUGCAGUAGCGUUUUGUGGUUGACUGUGCCAAAAGCUUUUGACAAGUCCAACGCUACGAGGAUCGUUCUCUCACAGGGUAAUUUCUGGUUGAGGUUUACGAACUAUCUGAGCGUUUAUAACACUAAGUGCUGUAGUGGUGCACUUUUCGGAAACCAUGCUGGUGGCUGGCUAGGCUCAGAUGGUGAGUGAAGGUCGGUAGUAUCAAGGUCUCAAGUGUCUUCACUACUGGGGAGAGGAGAGUUACCGGACGAUAGGACUCCCCUUUCUUAGCGGGUUUCCCAGAUUUCUUCCACUUUCCACCCAUCGGGUUUUUGAAGAGUGGUCAGCGACAGGUUGAGGACCUUGGUGAGAUAGCUUACUUCCAUCGAGCCUAGAUGCUUUAGCAUAAGCAUGUUGAUUCCAUCAGGGCCAAUGGACUUAGAAGAUUUUGAUUUGUUGGUGACAUUCUGAACCUCCUCAUUGGUGAAAGUAAGUGGCGCGCAGUCGUUUGGCAUUUUGCGCAUUUGCAUGUAUACUGCCGGCUAAAAUAGCUCGCGCACUUCUUCGGGUCCAAAGAGGCAUGACCAUUGAAUUAAACUUUAAUUCGGUCGUCAUGUCUCUUCGGGUUAGACAAAGCCUUGACAGUAGCCCAAAGCUUACUCACACCGGUGGAGAGGUUGCAGGGCUUCAGGUGCUCUAUCCAUUUCGUCGCUUAUGAUGAUUUACCAUUCGCCGAAUCUCCAAAUUGAGUUCUCUUAUUCGGGGAUCCCCGCCAUGCCGACGUAAGAUGUCGCGACCGUUAGCUAAAACGGCUGCUUCGGCUGGAAAAUUGGGGCGGAUUUCCGCUAUUCUUCCAGCCGGGAUGAAGCGAGUGGUAGCUGCUGCGAUCACCUUGAGGAAUCGACGUUCGCUAACGCAUACUUUCGUAGGAAUGGUAGAGCGUUGAAGGUGCUCCCAGGAAACUCUGAGAAGGCGACCCAGUUAGCUUUGUUAAAGUUACGAAGGUACGGUUGUCCACUGAAAAAAAUCAGGAGAUUUCUCGAUCGAGAUAAUUAUGGGCAGAUGGUCUGAUGCGAGAGUUAGCAUAUGUGGCCAGGUUAUGCUAUUUAUCAAACCACUACUAGCAUUAGUAAUAUCGGGCGAGCUAUUACAUCGCCUAACCGGAUAGCUAUACCCUGACAUUCUAGUGUAGUAUCCCUGCGGUCGAUGCCUUCAUCGAUUAGACGAUACUGCACGGUGUUGUGCAAUAUGAAGGCUAGGCCACCACCAUUAUCUCGCUCGCGAUCUUUAUGUAUUACGUUGAAACCGGCACAACUCAGAAGCUCUGAGUGAAUGUUUAGUUUGGCAAGGCAGAGUGGGAGCUAUGUUGUCUGUUUGAGGUCCUGGGGACCGUGGAGGUCCUCUGUCGGCCACUUGGGACGAGUGGCGGCGCGGCGCGCGAACUAUGUGCAGUUUGCACGGCCGUAGAUGCUAAUGUCGCAGUAUUGCGUAGGCAGCAUGGGGCCACGUAACUCGUGGUCCACUUUCUGUGAGUCUUAAGGCCCGAGCAGGUCUUAAUAUGGCUAUAUCCAUUGCAUGUAUUAUACCAGACUGAGGUGGAGUUUGGAUGGAGCCUUUUUGCGCAAACGCAGCAGAAAAAUUCCUCCGGGCCUGGGUUGGCCAGCACGAGUCAGGAGGAUACGGAGCAACCCUGCUGCAAGGCAUUGCUCCAAUGACGACAAGCACAGAUUAACACUCACCGAUCAAACAGCUCUUGGACGGAUUAAAUCCGAGUCAAUUCCGGUGCGUAAAACCGGCUGUCGUGGGAAUUGUAUUUCGGGUCUUCGUGCGCCUUGGCUGCCAGUGUAGUUAUGUGCUUACGAAUCUCCCGCCUGGUGCCUAUGUGGUUUACUCUCAGACUCUGCUUCUUUGCUUCUUGGACACGUUGUCUAACCACAUGAGAUCUGUAAUUUCCGUGCUAAAUGCCUUCUUGAUAUUAUACGAUUCGCAGGGUAUCUGCUCGCGACGAAGCUUUCUGCUGCCCAUUUUAAGAAAAAAAAAAUUAAAUUUUAAGUGUGCUUAAAUCGGCUGUUAAUAGCAGCCGCUUCUAUUUACAACAGGAAACCGAACCAAAAUACACAUUGUAUCUUGUACGUGAAUGGCUGUUAUGGAAUUAAAAACAACCGCAUAGAUCCCACGAUCACUAGACAUUAAUCCUUAUUAUCCUUAGACUGUGCCACAUAAAAAAAAAAAUUUUUUUUCGGUCCCAUAUCAAAAUCUCGUUGAGAGUCACGAAAAAGAAAUUGUUGAGCCCUUUAUCUUUAUUUUUCAGCUAGCGCUCGCAAAAAUAAGAAUUUUCGUCAAAAAAUGUUUUUUUCAUUCAUUUUUUGGUUAUAGAUAAUUUAAAAUACCAAAUAUAAAAAAACCCUUGGUAUGGGUUUGUAGGAAAUUAAAUUCUCUACAAAAAUGAUCCUUUCUCGAAUUUAUAGAAUCAACACCGUUUUUUUUUAUUGCUCAUUCAAUUACAAUUUGUUCUAUGAUUUUUAUUUUCAAUUAUUGAUAAACAUUAAUUAAACUUUUUUCCAACGAAAAAAACAAACUAAAUCAAUUUUUCUAGGAAUGUUUAUGAUCUAAACAAGCAGUUUCUAUACUUUAAUAAAUGUGAAUACUCUUAAGCUGUUAAUAUGUUUUAUUUUUAAAAUAAUGAAUUUUAUGCUAAUUUUAUCUUUUUUUGCUUUUGUACUUAUUAUUGUGUCAAAGCUUAGUUAAAUUCAUGUUUAGAGUCAGAAUUCCACAAAUCUUCGAUUUUAUGAAAAAUCAUUGGUAUGUUAGAAUUAGAUAGUUACUACAAACAAAAUAUCUUAAAAAGAUUACAUUAAGUAAAGAAAUAAUGAGCUAUUAUAUUUUAUUAUUUUUAUUCACAUGUUUCAUUUUUAAGAUCUUACAUAUUUUCUCUAAAAGAUCUUAUGUCCUUUGACAUAAAAUUAUAAUGGCAAACAUAUUUUUGAUCUUGUAAUAAAAGAGGCUGAUAAGAUCUUUACUCGAAUGACUUUAAAGUCAAUUAUGAAAUUCAAGUAAACAUAUUACUCACAUAGAUUUCGUUUAUUACAAUUGGAUAUUUUUUGCGAUAUUCCGCAACAACUUGUAAUAAAAACUGCUUCUGUUCUUCAUCACAAGUGAGAUUAUCAUUAUAUUUAUCAAUUAACGCUACAGCUCUUUCGGCAAUAUCAUUUACGACUUUAAUUGAUCGAACAGUUUCUAAAGAAGUCUGGUACCCGUCAUCGAACUCCCAUUGAUCAACAGCAUAAACGAGCGUAUGUGGAUGGCGCGUCAGAUCGCUGUUGACCAAAAGCUUACUGUGGUGCGCAGGACGGGUGUUGGAAACGAAAAAAAAUGCUUUAUAAAUAAAAAUUGUAAAAAUAUUAAUCUUUUUGUCUUCAUUAUAUUUGUUAAUAAAAUUAUUUUUAUCUUUUACUGUACCAUAUAACAUUAAAUUAAAGUAUAAAAACUGCUUGUUUAGAUCAUAAACAUUCCUAGAAAAAUUGA